AUGCCGAGAAUUAAUGAUGACGAGACUGAUAAAGUCAACAAUUAUUUCGACUCAUUACUGAUAAAGGAGUUGUUUUCGAAAGUAAAAGCAGUGGGAAAUUCAAUAAAUACUCAUACGAGGCAAUUCAAAUCGUUGAGCCAAUCGAAACUACAUGCUUUGUAUAACGAACAUCACGAGGACUAUAAAAAAUUUGUACAAAAGUACAAAAAAGGUGUUAACGAUGAACGACCAGAAGCAUUUCGCUUGUUGGCUUAUGCAAAGACUGUAGAAGAAAUCAAACGUCACAACGAGUUGUACAAGCAAGGCAAAUCAUCUUUCGAACUUGGCUUGAAUAGUAUGGCUGAUAUGACACUGCAAGAAUUUCAACAAAAUAAUCCUAUACAAACGUAUGACAAUUCAAUUAUUCCUUCUAAUAAGACAAUGUUGCCGUAUACAGUAAUUAAAUUGCCAUCAACUGUCAACUGGGUUACUGCUGGAUAUGUAACAGAUGUCAUCGAUGGUUAUUUUGGGAACUGUUUUGCUGGAGGAACAGCUUUGUCAGUGGCAGGUGCAAUAGAAGCAAAAGUUAAGAUGGAACAAAAUGUAUUAUUAACACUCUCUGCUCAGGAAUUAUUGGAUUGCACCGAAUAUGGAUGUGAAACAUCUGGAAAUGCCACAGAAAAUGACAUUCAGUCCCUGAAAGCUGCUAUAGCUCGCGGACCUGUAGUGGCUGCUAUUUAUGCUAAUUCACCAACUUUCAGAAACUAUAAAGGAGGAAUUUAUCGCGAAAAAAGUCCAAAAUCUGCAGUUUCCCACACAGUUUUAGUCGUUGGUUAUGGAGAAGAGUAUAUUAUAUUGAAAAAUAGUUGGGGAAAGGACUGGGGAGAAAAUGGAUAUAUGCGCAUUACUACAAAUCCAGAAGAAAAUUGCAAUUGCGCAGAAAAUGUUCUUGCAUUGAUUUGA